AUGGAUAGUGUGAAGAAGGAACACUCAUACACCUAUUGGGUUAAAAAUGACCCCAAUCAUCCCAAAAUAGAUUGCUAACCAAAGAAGGUGGAAGACCCUUCUCAAGUAUAACAAGUGCAAACUAUAGGAUCUCAAUGGAAUGUAUCAGGAACAUGGGAGGAAAAGAAAGUGCCAAUGGGUGAACUCAAGAAAUCCCUUGAAAAUAUCAUAGGAAUGAAGAUCGGUUAAACCAAGAUUUCAGCAGUCGAAUCAGUUGAUGGCGAAGCUCAUCUAUAUUUGAGUAGAGGGAAGAAGAGAAUGGGUUAUCACUUGAAAAUCACAUAUGCAUUAGAAGACGACGGAUAAAUUAAAUACACAGACUUUACUGAUGAUGGAGAUAGAGAUUAUGUGCUCGAAGAUGUCACUGAUUAAACAGUCAAGCAUUAAAUCGAGGACUUACAUUUGAUAACCAAAGAAUUUAUAGAAAUAUUUAAGAAUUGACUGUAUUGAAUUGUGUAUUUAAUUUAUUAUUACAAUACUUUU